UCUGAGAGGAACACCCUAAAGAAAGAAGAAAAAAAAAGAGAAAAAAAUGGGCAGGCUGCAUGGAUGGUCCCUUUUUGACUUCAUCAAUUGGGUUUUCCUUAUCAGUAUGCUGUUGCUUUGUGUAGCUACUUAUACUAGUGGAGAAUGUUACUUUAAUGCCAAAGGAACCUGUGAAUACAAGAGUCAAGUAUUUGGCUUUGGUGAAACUUGGCUAACCAAGGACUGCUACCAGUGCAUCUGCCUCAAACCUUUUGGAGUGGGCUGCUGUGAUGAUGGACAGCAACCAGUGGAUUAUCCAGAGUGGUGUGAAGUUAUCCGGACGCCUGACUCCUGCAGUGUGGCUGUGGUCAUGAGAGGAAACAACAAAAUACCAUGCAUUGACAACCCAAUCCUGAAUAACUUGCAUGGCAGUGAGAAGCAGGCAUGGAAGGAGCCACAUGAUCUUCUUUUCUAAUAUGUCAAAUGCUAGUAUAGAAUGAUGCAGUGAAAAUACAGAAUUCCAAGUGGCCUGCCAUUUUUUCUGUUCAUUAGACAUAUUUAGUUAGAGACCUGCAGUCAGUAGAUGACAGGUGUGAAACUGUGUAAAUGUACACUAAUAUGAUCACAGUUUGUCCAUCACUUUAUUAUGUUCUCUUGAAUGUGCAUGGCUACUUUCUCACCCCGUUUUCAGGAGAACUGCAGUACUUUCAAAUGAAUGUUUAGCAAAUUAAAAUCUAACAUAGUAAUGUAAGGAUAACUUGCAUUUGCUUGGUUCCUCCAAAAUAAACUGGCACAAUGAUCCUACAUUUUAGGGCCUAAACUCAGGGUCAGGUGAGAUUGCACAACUAUUCUACAGAUUAGUAAUUUGAGAUAGAGGCACAAUAGGCUUGAAUGACCAUGUUUUAUUUGUAAUAAUAACUUUUUCUCUUGUUUCAUGUUAUUAUGCAUCAGUUUAAGCAUAAUCUAGAAUUAUAUAAUCCUACUAAACAUAAAAAUGACCCACAUAAACCCACAUUAUUCCAGUGAAAUUGUAGAUUUAAUGAAAAGGAGACAAAACAUUAGUUUAAAUGCUUUUCAGACAGCUGGGUUCAAAUCCUGGCUUAGUCAUUCCCUUUGUGGAGCUCAUGGUUUCCUGAUGUAUAAAUUGAAAGUUUUUAUUCAGGUUUUCUCCUUUUUCCUUAUAAAACCUAAGCACAUGUUAAUCAUUUUAAUAUAAAAUAAAUCAAGUUAAAGUAAAUGGAAUAGCCUCAGAUUACUUAAAAUGUACUUCUAAUGUAAAAAGUAUGGUCUAACAAGUAUUGAAAAGUAGUUAUUAAUAUUUAGGUGGUUUAAAAGUGCAAUAUAUUAAAUUUGUUACAAUAUUUUUACCUACAUUUUUAUAGAUAAACAAGAAUAAAAUAUUAUGCUUGAACACUACUUGAGACCUACAAUUGUGGACAUAGUAAUUAUUAUUUUUACCAAGCAGCUCUGAAAGUCAUGUAAAUAUCUGUAAUUGAUUUAAAUGAGUAUUGAGUAUUAGUAGAUUGUGUAAUACAUGCUUUUAAAAUUAUGUUUUAAUAGCUACAAUAUUUUAUGAAAUCCAUUUAAACUUUGUGUGCACUUAGGAAGCAGUUUAUCUCUAUGUGCAUUAUGGCUUGAGUCUUUUUUCACAGUUAGAUAAUCCACUCUUUAAUGUAGUACUGUUUGUAAUCUGUAAAUAGCUAUGAAUUUUAGUGAAUUCUCAUGCAUUAAACUGAAGUGAGUUUUUGCUUAAA